GUCAUUACUGUCAUUUUUCUGCGUUUUAGGUUAUAUUUAUUGAUUGAUAACAAAAUAAAGUUUUUAUGUAAGUUUAAAGCAUUUGUAAAUGAAAACUUAUUAAAAAUAUGAAGAAAGUGCAAGGAUACGAUUCCUUUCAACGUAUGAAUUACCUGUAUCAAAUAAGUAAAUAUAUCGUUGAUAAGAAUCCAGCACUGUCUUCGUACUACGGGAAUCUCAUAGUGAAUGUGGCGAAAAAGAAUGUUUUAAAAAUACACCCAGAAAUUAAGAGACAGAUUUGCAAAAAGUGCAAAUGCAUGCUGGUACAUAAAACCUCAGCGUCAAUGAAGAUUAAAAAUAAAAACAAGUCAAAGAUUAUAGAGUGGACGUGCCAUACUUGUGGGAUGAAGAAGAUUUUACCUACAUAUAAGGAUAGAGACAAUACAGUGUGGCUUGAAAGACCUGAAGCUGUUGUAGAAAUUAUUAGUUAAGAAAUGAAAAUUAAAAAGAAAAGUGUAUCAGUAAGUUAUGUCAAUGUUUUAUUUUUAUAGCUGCUUAAGUUGAAUUUUAAAAUAAAUAAUAUAUUUUUUAUUAUAUUGCAAUAAGUA